CGAUCCCUUCGAGUAAAUUUAUUCGCUUUCCAUCGUUCUCCACACCUUCUUUCCCCCCACUUGAGAAACCCUUUUGUCCUCUCUCGCUCUCGUUUCUUGUUUCUUCCUCCUCCUCCUCUCCUUCUUCUUCCGCCUCCCACUACUGGCAAGUGCGGCCGAGGGCAUCCAGUGCCUGGCCAACUCGCCUUCCGACAUGUGGGCAGGAGGUGGUGGGUCCCGCCCGGGUCGUCUCGGAUUCCCAUCACCAGCUUGAUUGAACCGGACGGAGGAGGGGCGAGCAGUGCUGCGACGACGCCGUCGUCGUCUGGAUCUUCGCCCGCCGACGCGGAAGAGCGAGAAGGAAGAAGAUGGCCAAGGACAGGGACGAGCCUAGGACGGCUCCGCAGCCCGAUCGCUGGUACAAUCUGACCCUCGGUCCCUCGUUCAAGCACGAUUCUUCCAACAAGUACUGUACCCUCCGAUAUGAAUUUAAACCCGCUUCUAUCGAUAAGACGAAGCUGGGUACGCUGCAAAAGAAUAAGGAGAAUCGGGUUUCUGUGGAGUUUCAAAAUAAUCAACUAGGAAAGCCCAAAGUGGCAUUUGAGGGCAGCAGCGAAGAUUACAAGGAGAACGAUGCUGUGUUGUUCUUCGAUGGUGAGACAUUCCGAUUGGAACGACUCCAUCGAGCUGUGAAGCAGCUGCGUCACGUUCGCCUUCCUGGUGAAUCUGCGGCGGCUGCUUCUUCUGCCGCUUCUGCAGCCGUUCAUUCUGUGCCAGCAGUAGAGCCUCGGUUAUCUCCGGUGGCGAAGGUUGGAAAACCAUUGCAUUCGUCUCGGAAUACAAUUCCAGCUGUUCCGGUUGAGGUGGAACGGAUUGAUAUUGGUGAGCCCCAUAAUCCAGGUCCAAAACCUGCAGUGAAGGGAGCUGCUACUCAUUCACCCUAUCCAUCAAGUGCCCCCACUGCCUCUCCAGGCCCCAGAAAUUACGAGGCUGAGGAAAAUCAAGACAUAGACAUCGACGAACUCUUCGGCAUCGGAUCGCCGGACAACGAAAACAAUGCCGAGCAAAAGGUUGAGUUUGGAUCUGAUGCCAAUGAGCCACGUCACAAUGAUUCAGAUGACGAGAUCGCUGAUGUGGACGAUAGUGGCGACGAAGGGCAUAAGGGCCAGAAUGCAGCGGAUGCUCUGAGAGCUCAACUCAAUGCAGAGGGCAGGGACCGUCAGACAUCUUCGUCCGGCAGUAGCAGUGGGAGCGGAAGCGGUAGCGGGAGUAGCAGCAGCAGCGACAGCGAUGCGAGCGAUGACGACUCGGUCAACUCUGUCUGAGAGGCACCAGGUAACAAAUUUUAAGGCAUAAAGGAAUACAGUCAUAUAAUAGCAAUAUCUCAAUAAGCCAUCCCGGUGUUUGACGGGGUUGGAACAUGAUUUUUAUAAAUUUUUCUUUUCUGUGGUGGGACAAAGUUUGUCUUUCCGUCAAUGCCGCCCCCUUCUCAGUUGCAUUAGCUACAGCAUGAACUUCAAAAACUGAGAUGAUUUGAAAGAAUGUUCACUUGCAUUUAGUUGUCUCA